AUGGACAUUAUACGCGAAGAUGUGGAGGAAGGAGCCGCUACAAUGACUAGUUUGGAUGUCUCGACACUUGGAAGUGACUGGCAGACAGAAUUGUUGGCCAUCUUCAAGAGCAUCGACACAACCACUAUCACCAAGCAAACAUCAACAUUCUUGAGCUACUUGAAGCUCCUGAUUCCAAACAUGGACGCUACGAGAGCCACGUCUGAAUACUGGCCUGAGCUCUUAAAUCCAAUAUUACUACAUCCUGAAUCUUGCUCUCCAAACAUGUACAAUGAUGUGGUGUCUUGCACUAUUUUGCUCUUGUCGAGAAACAAGGACGUAGUCAACACUGUCAUGGACCAGUAUUUACAGGAUCGCAUGCGUGCUCUAGAAGGCAAACGGUAUUCAGAGACGGAGAAAUCUCGAGCCGCUUACUUGGCAGAGACGGUUCCUUCACCAUAUUGGGAAACUAGGUCGAAUCAUGCUCUUGAACGGGUGUUGCUGGAUUGGGUUGCCAGUUGCUCUUCUCCUCAAGAAUUCUUUGAAUUGAUUGCUGAUUACGCUGUGAAUCCAGAGCACAGGCUAUAUGUAUUGACCCUGCUACUUGCUUAUUUCCAAGCUGGUCAGGACCUACAGCUGAGGACUAUCAUCGACACUAGCCUAUUUGACUUGCUCGUAUCUAGUGCGAUGCACGAGUCUCAUCCUGCACUAUUGAGUACUGCCUUGGCAGCGCUCACAUAUUCAUUACCUGCCGUAGCUAUUCGUAUAACAAACCGUCUCGACCGGCUAAUGAGUGUCCUGAUACGAGUCCUCCAAUGGGAGGCCGAAUUUAAUGUGUUGAUUCAGCGACAACCAGAAGCAUUCGAACAAUCACCAUCUUCCUCACUCUCGAAUUUCGCCGCAAUCCAGGACGCUCUGCCCAUCAAAGCCGGUGCUGUCGCAAUGUCUAGUGCAUGGGACACACAAAGAAUGUAUAUGAACUUUUCACCUGGUAGUAGUAAUGCAGCAGGCAAUUCGUUUGGUGGUAGAAGACAACUUGGUGGUACUAGGAGACCUAAGAGUACAGCGAGUAGUGAAGCUGGAGACGAGUACUAUGACGAUGAUGAUUCAUUAUCGGAUCGUCGUAAGAGUGUGGCUUCUUCUGACAUUAAGCUUGAUGACGAGUCGACUCAUGCAUCACACUACAUGCAGAAACUCUUGUCAGCUUCCACCAGAACUAUUCUGAAACGACGAAUUGAUGAUUAUUUUACGACAUUAUAUGGACUGUAUCCAUGCUCGCUACUCAGGGUGAUACGAGAAUGGCAGUCCAAUCCUUAUAAGCUAACAGAAGAUCCAUUCACGAACAAUUUCGAGCCAACUCAAAAUCCUUUUGCCGCUUUACAAUCAAGUCAAAAUGCAGAUACGGAUGAGAUGGAUUCUGUUGGUAGUGUCAAGGAUCGAUUUACUGAUCUCAUAGUGGCACAUCGAAUGCAUCAAAACCUGAUCUUCCACACUGAAGAGAGUGAACGAGCAUCUUUAGCUCGAUUCAAUGACCUGGAAGCUGCAGAGAUUGCAGCUUCUUGUUUUGAGCUUCGGUCACCUUUAGAAGCCUCAACAGACAAUAUGCCAUCAACACCUAAAUCAGAUGACGUUGUUGGUAUCCAUACUGUUUAUGAAUUGGGUAAUGCUUUGCGGAAGGCAUUGAGAGAUAUACCACAUCAUGCUUUGUUGAGCACACCAACAUCUCCAAUACCGAUACCCAAACCAACUGUGGCAUCACAUCCUGAUGGAUUGAGACUACAUGUUUUGGUAUUGCUAUCUGAUUUGUAUUUGGAACGAGCUUUACGAUCACGUACUAUUCAUGCGCAAGUGCAGAGUGUCAAGAAAGCUACCGUCAAGGAAGAUGAAGCUGAAGGCUUUUUGAAUCUGAUAAAUCACAUUCAAAAGCAAAAUGACGAGAUUUCCGACUUAAAAAAGAAGGAAGCUUCUCAACGUGAAGAAGCCACCAUUAUUCGUGAGCGAGCUCGAAAACAUGAAGAAAGGCUCAGACAACAGUUGAAAUCAGCCAAAGAAGAGUCAAGAUCAGCUCUAGCUCGUGAAAAGGAAGCUGCUGCUAAAUUGGCUACCACGACCAGAUCUGUUGUUGCUACUCCUAGUGUAGAGACAGAUACUGCCCAAACGAUAUUUACGUUGGAGAACGAAGUGGCGUCUAUGACGGCUGAGUUGACCAAGCUACGAGAAUCUGAAUUGCAGUUUGAUGCUACUGUUAGGAGGUUUGCUCUUAUGGAAUCGGAAGCAUCCAGCCAACGAGAAUCAGCACGAGAAAUUGAAGAUCUUAAUUGUCGUAUUCGGGAAUUAGAACUUCAAGUUGAAGAUUCUGAACGUGAAAUUGAGGGUCUCAGGAAAUACGCCAGUGAUGCAUCAUCACGUCAACAGAUAUUAAGCACACACGUUCAUCAUCUCAGUCGUCUAGUCGAACGACGAGACAAAGUCUCUGAAGAACAAGCGAAGAUUAUGGGAAAGUCAUCAUUGGCGGCAAAAGAACAAUUAAAGGCUGCUGAAGACAGAUAUGCUACUGUGAAGGGUAUUAAUGCUCAAAUGGAGGCACGAUUGGUUGAUUUGUGGAAUCAAGUGGAUGGAUAG